AUGCGAGUUUUCGGGAACGAGGGGAGCUUCGAAAAAGGUAAAACAUCCAGUCUCGAGUCUAUAAACGGCAACAGCUCACCAGGAAUGUCGAAAUGGUACGAGUGGUCCUUUGCAUAGACGUCUAUGUCAAUGUUGAAUAGCUGGAAACAUUACGUCCAGGGCAGGUACUUCGGGGGACAUGGUACGGUAACUGGACCGCAGCAUGUUUGGUUGGCACGAGGCACCCCGUAUCCAGUAUCGGCGGCUGAGUAAACGGUGCGUCGUCGGCGCGCGUGGCAGAGUGCCGCCGCCUCCGCCGUCGGAGAGCAGCGCUCUUCCGGGACGGCCAUUGCUUCGGGUCCUAUCGAUCUGACGUCGCCGGGGAGGUGUGCGCGCCGACCCACUGCGCUGGCCUGCAGCCGCGCCCGCAGCGCACGGCCACGGAUCGGCCGGCAAUUUGUGCAACUGGCCAGCAGAGCGACAUUGUGCCAUUGCCACGCCUCCGGCGGGUGAGAUGUGGCCGGACCAUGGAGUGCGCCGACUGGUUGUAGUUCUAGCAGUGCUCUGUGUCGGAAUCGAACGCGCCCAGGCCGGCAAUCCGGACGCCAAGCGACUCUAUGACGAUCUGCUCUCCAACUACAACAAACUCGUGCGACCGGUGAAGAAUACAACGGACGUCCUGACUGUGUACAUAAAGCUGAAGCUCUCCCAGCUCAUCGAUGUCAAUCUGAAGAACCAAAUAAUGACUACAAAUCUUUGGGUAGAACAGCGCUGGCAUGAUUACAAGCUGACCUGGGAGCCGGCCGAGUACGGAAACGUACAGGUUCUUCACGUGCCUUCGGAUCACAUAUGGCGUCCAGACAUCGUGCUCUACAACAACGCUGACGGGAACUUCGAGGUGACCCUGACGACCAAGGCGAAGCUGAACUUCAACGGUCUCGUGGUGUGGGUACCUCCGGCCAUCUACAAGUCCUCAUGUCUAAUCGACGUGGAGUACUUUCCCUUCGACGAGCAGACGUGUGUUAUGAAGUUUGGCAGCUGGACGUACGACGGAUUUCAGGUAGACUUACGGCACACCGACGAAUCCACUGGCAAUGACCUCGUGGAGGUUGGCAUUGAUUUGUCAGAGUUUUACAAAUCCGUGGAAUGGGAUAUUCUAGACGUCCCUGCCAUUCGGCACGAAAAGUUCUACACGUGCUGCGAUGAGCCAUACUUGGACAUCACAUUUAACAUCACCAUGCGGCGAAAGACGCUGUUUUACACCGUCAACCUGAUUAUUCCCUGCAUGGGAAUAUCGUUUCUGACCGUGCUUACCUUCUACUUGCCGUCAGACAGUGGAGAAAAGGUGACGCUGUCCAUCUCCAUUCUCACAUCGCUCUACGUGUUCUUCCUGCUGGUCGUGGAGAUUAUUCCGCCGACUUCAUUAGUAGUGCCUUUACUGGGAAAAUACCUCAUAUUCGCCAUGGUUCUCGUAUCCCUGAGCAUCGGCGUCACCGUGGUUGUGCUGAACGUUCACUUCCGGUCGCCACAGACGCACCGGAUGGCGCCGUGGGUGAAAAGGGUGUUUAUUCACAUUUUACCCCGGCUUCUGAUGAUGAAGAGGCCUCAAUACCGCCUCAACAAACAUGGCGUUGCUCUCAACACCAGCCGCGUCUUAGUGCGACAGAACGGGAAAAGUUCGGAGGUCCAAGAGAUGGUGUUUCAUCAGGAUGGACUGAUCCCGGGUAACACCAAGCCUCGCCUCAUCUCCGAUUACUCUCCGCUGCACGCCCCGGACGACGGUCUGAUGGCGUCGUGCCAGGUGCACGGCCACCAGUCGUUCCUGAACGAGGGCCCCGGCAUCGACACGCUGGACCUGGAGCACCGGCGCAGCAGCCGCGUGUCGCCGCUGGGCUGCCACCCGGACGUGCACCGCACCUGCUGGUGCGUCAGCUUCAUUGCCGAGAACACCCGCAUGAAGGAGAACUCCAAUAAGUUCAAGGAGGACUGGAAGUAUGUCGCCAUGGUAUUGGAUCGUCUGUUCCUGUGGAUUUUCACCCUGGCUGUGGUUGUGGGGACUGCAGGGAUCAUCCUGCAAGCACCGUCCCUCUACGACGAUAGGAUAGCGCUCGACCAGAAGUUUUCGCAGAUUGGCAGAAUGCUUCAGUGAGUAUGCACUUUGUUGAGUACGAGUACAGCGCAGUGCGAGAGAUACGAACGAAUACAGGGUGCAACAGAAAUGUCAGGUUAAUGAACCUAGUUAUUGGAUGUUCUUUGUGGAGACUUAGAUAGUGCCUUGGUGUGGCGAUAGACGCUCAUAGUUGUUGAUUCAUACUAGUGAGACGAGGAUUGUCUGGUGCCUGAAAAGGUGCCCAGCGGGGGCACGUUGAAAUCGAACGUGUUAUUUGAUGACUCAAUUGUCUUAUCACCUGUUGUAAAGGUCUGGAUUCUUUGAUUGUCAGCAAAUAAUACAAGUUCGACCGAU